AUGGGCAUAUCACCAUGCCAUAAUUAUGUUUACCAGCUCAAUCAAGGAACUGGUGAUUUGCUGAUAAAUGUGUUUGAUGUUUCAACGAAAUCAUUGGUCAGUACUUUCAAGCUAAAUCGAAUUCUAAGACGGUAUCGGAUACGCGUUGAGAAUCCUAGAUAUAUCAAAGUUAAACAAAUUGAAUGGGAUGAAACUGGAAAAAGAAACGAAACCUUUGUAAAUGACAAUAAUAGUGGUGCUGGAACUGGGAAUAAUAACAAAAGCAAUGGCAGAAAAUGCCAACGAAUUGCCGUGCUUGUUGACUCUUCCUCUGCAGUUUUGGUGUUGAAUAUUAAAGACGAAUUUGAUCAACCUAUUAUAAUCAGACAGAAUCCACUUGAGGGAAUAGACCACUUUGCCUGGAUUCCAACACCGCCAAAAACUAAACAAACAGCGAUAACGGAGCCCAAUUAUAUUGAUAGACCAUCUUCCCAGAUUGUUGUAUUUGCAAAACACAACCUAUAUGCUAAAGUAUACUCGCUUCUUUUUUCACGACCCCAGCAUACUAUUUUCAAACCUUUACUUAUUACCAAUACUAGCACCAGCUAUAGCACCAGCACUAGUGUCAACAACAAACACAACAAUAGCAGCAGCGGCAGCAACAACAAUACCACUCAUUUAAAAAUACUCAGCACUCUUAACAAUUAUUUUUGGUAUAUUAUCGCAGACUCACUCCAAUUCAAUUCGCCGCGAAGAAUGUACAAAUUUUACAAUGAUGGAACUCUAAGUACGUUGGUUUCAAAAGGAAAGCUCUCCAUUUUCAGUGUUGAUGAAGCUGUGAUUCAACCUUCGCCAAGCGGGACUUGGCUUGUUAUCAUAGACGAAAGUGAGCAGGUAUUCGGGUACAACAUGAAGUUAUAUGGGUUGCAAGGUAAUACUGAAGGAGAUAAUGGAAUGAUGAAACCCAUCUUGGAUGUUAAUUGGAGCGAGAGUGAGAAUGCGGAUAGUAGCAAUCACGAGAGGGAGGAGAAAUUAGCCAUGUUAAAAAGAUACAGGGAUAAGUUUCAAAUUAGUUGGGCCGAGCUAGAUGGCGAAGAAAUAAUGUUGGUUUACAAUUUAUUCUCUGACGAUGCAGUGGAGAUACAGAUUAUACCAGUUGUUUUACUCAAAAUUGCCAAGCAACAUAAUUUGAAAUUAAUUGAUAUCCGAGGGUGGGCUGAGAUAAAUGGCAGAAUUGUGGCCUAUAACCAUACAAAAUUACCUGGUAAAUUAGCUAUCAAAAUGUUCAAGGUAGUGGGCAAUACGGUUUUCAUUGUGACCAACAAUACUUUUUGCUUUGUAUUUUCUUUAUUGAAGGAUGAGACUGCAUUUGAUUACGACUUGCAAUUUAUCACAAUGAUUAAGACUUCUCUGUCCAUCAAAACCAUUGAGAAACUGAGCAACAAUGAUUUUUAUAUUUUGGCAACAACGAAUCUGAUAAUCAGACUCAAUCACAGCCAUGAUGGCAGCAGUGAUGUUCUUAGUGAUGGCGAGUUUAAAAUUGUUAAGUUUACUCCAUCUGUAUUGGAAAAGGUUCAGCUUUUAUCUGAUAGGCGUUUAUUUCUUGCAUACUCAAGCACCAAGAAUCAAAGACAAACUGAAAAAAACCCGAUAAACCAAGAUAAGAGCUGGGAGGUUAUCGAAUUAUUUGAAACUGUCACAGACAAAUCUUAUAAAUUAAGGUCACAACCAAUGCAGGAUGAGAUAACCGAUACAUUUCACAUGCGCAAACGACAAAGAGUUCGGUAA